AUGUAUUCGUUUGGUUUGCUACAGGAGGCGUGGGACUUGAGUGUCUACGUCAGCAGUUGGUUUGAGGCGUGGAAGGCAACCCUAUGGGAAACGAUUGACACGGAGUUACUGCUGCAGCACGUAAAGGCGAUGCAGCAGCACAUUCGAGGGCUAUCAAAAGAAAUUAAAAGCACUAAAGUAUACGCUGCUGUGUUAGAGCGCGUAAACAACAUGCAAGUGGUGCUGCCUCUUGUCUCGGAGUUGCAUUCGGAGUUUAUGCGGGAGAGGCACUGGAAGCAACUGAUGAAUAUAGCGGGGCAGACAUUCACAAUAGGCCCCAAUUUCUGUUUAGAUGAUUUGCUUAGACUUAACCUGCAUGCGCGUGCUGCUGACGUCUCCGAGAUCGUCGUAUGUGCCCAGAAGGAGGCGCGAAUAGACAAGAAGUUGAGGGAGAUAGCGAGUAUAUGGGGGGAGAAGAAUUUGGCUUUCUCGCUACAACACGAAGAUACACCGCUGCUGCUGCCUCUUGAUGAUACCAUUGAAACUCUAGAACAGCAUUCUGUUGAUCUGAUUACUAUCACAAGCCAAGGCGCUCUCAUCGACUUCUGUAGAGAUGCUGUCGAAGAGUGGCAAGCCAAACUCCGAAAAGUCGAUUCCGUGCUCACCGUGUGGAUGGAAGUGCAACGCAAGUGGGAGAAGAUAUUCGGUCCCAACUGCCUCAAGAGUCGAAGCGAUUUGAAUCUGCUGACGGCGAACUACUUGGAACAGAAGAAGAAGGCGUUUGCUCGUUUUUACUUCGUUUCGAAUCAGGCUUUGCUCGACAUCCUAGCAAACGGAAAUGACCCAUUAAAGGUUUCGUAUUAUUUAGGGGAUUGUUUUGAUGGCGUUGCAUCUUUAAAUUUUGAAAAAAACCCUCAAACGUGCCGCAUUGCAAGUGGAAUGUACAGCAAAGAAGGAGAAUAUGUUCCCUUCGCUGAAGACUAUAUCAUCGAGGGGCCUGUUGAAACCUAUCUUUCGAAUUUUGAGGUUCACAUGCGCAAACAAAUGCGGGAUAUUUUGGAGGUGGCGAAGGGGACUGCAGAAAAUUGGGAAGUUGAAAAGCCAAGAGAAGAAUGGGUGAGAGAUUACUGCAGCCAAGUUUGCUUGGUGGCGAGUCAAAUAACCUGGACAGAAGAAGUGACGCGUUGCUUUGAAGAGCUUGAGGGGGGCUCCGAAAAUGCAAUGAAGGACUACAAGAAAGUGUACGAAGACAGAAUCGAUAAACUCAUUCGCCAAGUUCAACAAGACCUCGACAAAAAUCUCCGAGUCAAAAUCAUUACUCUCAUUACGGUCGAUUGUGUGUUGUUCCUCUGCGGUUUGCGUUGCACUGCUGCAGCAUCAUCAUUUCAAUGGCAGUCUCAGCUACGUUUCUACUGGUUGGAAAAAGCUGGGGAGGCGAAGAAGGACUGCAUGAUAAGGAUUUGCGAUUGGUCUUCUUGUUAUAUGCACGAGUUUGUUGGAAACUGCGGGCGUUUAGUGAUAACGCCUCUGACAGAUCGAUGUUAUAUUACUCUUACACAGGCGCUGAACCUGAACAUGGGGGGGGCCCCUGCGGGGCCUGCAGGAACAGGAAAGACGGAGACAACAAAAGACUUAAGCCGUGCAAUAGGGCUUCCUGUCUUUGUCUUUAACUGCUCGGACCAAAUGAACUACUUGUCUAUGGCACAGAUCUUCAUGGGUUUAGCUCAAUCGGGUGCUUGGGGCUGCUUUGAUGAGUUCAAUCGCAUAUCUAUUGAAGUCCUUUCCGUCGUUUCUACUCAAGUCAAAUGCAUUCUAGAUGCAAUAAAAGACGGAAAAAAGAAAUUCCAAUUUAUGGAUGAAGAAAUCAACCUCAUCCAUACUUGCGGGCUCUUCAUCACGAUGAACCCCGGCUACGCGGGGCGAACAGAACUACCAGAAAACCUAAAAGCCCUAUUCAGGCCCUGCGCCAUGAUCGUCCCGGACGUAUUAUUUAUUUGCGAGAAUAUGUUGAUGUCGGAGGGCUUUGUGUGUGCGCGUGCUCUGGCGCACAAGUUCGUUACGCUGUACAGCCUCUGCAAGACUCUUCUGUCAGAUGCGAAGCACUACGACUGGGGACUUAGAGCGGUAAAAGCCGUACUUAGACAGGCGGGAGCACUCAAACGAGCAGACCCAAAUGUUGAUGAAGACACGCUGCUCAUGAGGGCACUUAGAGACUUCAAUAUCGCCAAAAUCACUACGGAAGACAAGCCUAUCUUUCUUCGUUUGAUUGAGGAUUUGUUUCCGGGGGUGGUGUCUCCGCCUAAGCGAGACGUCGACUUCUGGAAGGUUGUUAUGGCAGUGGCAAAAGCGCAAAAACUUCAGUGCGAAGAGCAGUUCAUCCUCAAGUGCGUACAAGUCAGAGAAGUGCUGCAAGUGCGCCACUGUUUGUUCAUUUUGGGGCCUCCUGGUGCCAGCAAAUCUCGCGUGUGGCAAACUCUGUCAAAGGCACUGAAGGCAAUAGGCGAAGACGGAGUCGUCGAGGUCCUGAACCCCAAAGCCAUCUCCACAAAUGAACUCUACGGGUAUAUGACGCCGGCAAAGGAGUGGAAAGACGGGGCUGUGGCGGUGAUAAUGCGGAACAUGUCGAAAGAAAGAGGAGGGUUUAAACCUUCUCAUUUGCACAAAUGGAUCGUUCUUGACGGAGACAUUGACGCAGAAUGGAUUGAAUCCAUGAACACAGUCAUGGACGAUAAUAAAGUAUAUGACACAAAUGGCUAG